GAAAGUGCGCGCGCGCUCCGGAAUCGGCUUCUGAGCACAUCUGCAAUGACGUCAUGUCGAACCUCCCAGUGCCGCGCGCGCGCGCGUCGUGCUCGGGAUCUCUGGAGUCACUGCUGCUGCACGCGCCGCUCCGCUCCGCACCGGUGUGUGCGCGUGACACGAGUCUCGGAACAUCAGACACAAACAAACAAAAACAACAAAGGAGCAAAAACAAAAAGAAGAAAAGUUGGAGGAAACUGAGAAGGAGCAUGAACCCUGUGCACGCAGGCAAAUGGACAGAUUCAAAGGAGAACCUCCUGCUGUAGAUCUGCGGCUCUGGACGUACUUGAAGUAAUUUGGCCUCGCUCAUGGCUGGCACACGUUCCGAGGCACAUGCAAGUCAGACCUGGAGGCUUCUAUUAUCCAAAGACGUUUAAGGAAAUCUUUGUGGACUGAAGUUUGAGAGCAUCAGAGAUGAUUGUUAGAUCAGAUCUGUUAUGGUGCUGGACUGACUGAUCUGUUCGAAUCCCUUGUGUAGCUCCUCCCCCAAAACCCUUCCCCAUGUCAGACCUUCUCUAAAUUAUGGAAAUUUUGUGGAAGACGCUGACUUGGAUACUGAGCCUGCUUUUGGCUGCUGCUGAUCCUCAGAGCCUUUCUUAUAGUUCUCAAGAGGAGUUUCUGUCCCACCUGGAGGACUACCAGCUGACGGUCCCGGUUCGGCUGAACGAUAAGGGCGAGUUUAUGAGUUACACUGUGAAGCAGCAUCGACCCGGACGCAGGAGACGAUCACUGGAUCAAACCGGGCCGGACGCCGCAGAGCCCACACUCUUUUAUCGCCUAUCGGCUUAUGGCAAGCACUUUCACCUGAACCUGACAAUCAACCCCAACCUGGUGUCCAAACAUUUCACUGUAGAGUACUGGGGCAGGGAGGGGCAGGAGUGGCGCCACGCUGUGGUGGACGAUUGCCAUUAUGUUGGAUUUCUACUGGAUCAGUACGACACAACAGGAGUGGCGCUGAGCAACUGCAACGGCCUGCACGGCGUCAUCACCACAGAAGAAGAGCAGUACAUAAUUGAGCCCCUGCAGGACAUUUCCUCCACAAACUCCAGCCAGAAGGUCCGAGUCUCCGGUGAAGGCCAGCCGCAUGUUAUUUAUAAAAAAUCCUCCGUCCCGUUGCGGCAGGAGCAAAGCGAGGAGCUCAGCUGUGGUGUUUCAGACCUCACGAUAAAGCAGACGCCAUGUUGGAAGGCUAGCCACGCCCCUGUAACUCCGCCCUCCAGGCAGAGUAACCACAGCGCAGGCGGUCCUCGGCGUCAGAGACGCUCCAUCAGCUCUGAGCGCUUCGUGGAGACCCUGGUAGUGGCAGAUAAGAUGAUGGUGGGCUACCACGGCCGCAAGGACAUUGAGCACUACAUACUGUCUGUCAUGAAUAUUGUUGCCAAACUUUACCAUGAUGCCAGUCUAGGAAAUGUUGUGAACAUUAUUGUGACCAGACUGAUUGUUCUGACGGAGGACCAGCCCAAUCUGGAAAUUAACCACCAUGCAGAUAAAUCUCUGGACAGUUUCUGUAAGUGGCAGAAAUCACUGUUGUCUCAUCAGGGGGACGGAAACAGCAUCCCAGAGAACGGCAUCGCUCACCAUGACAACGCUGUUCUCAUCACCAGGUAUGACAUCUGCACCUACAAGAACAAGCCAUGUGGAACUCUCGGUUUAGCCUCAGUAGCUGGAAUGUGUGAACCAGAGCGGAGCUGCAGUAUUAACGAAGACAUCGGACUCGGAUCCGCUUUCACCAUCGCACAUGAGAUCGGACACAACUUCGGCAUGAACCACGACGGGAUCGGGAACUCCUGUGGGACGAAGGGGCACGAGACGGCCAAGCUGAUGGCUGCGCACAUUACAGCCAACACCAACCCCUUCUCCUGGUCCACCUGCAGCAAGGACUACAUCACCAGCUUCCUGGACUCAGGUCGGGGAACGUGUCUGGACAAUGAGCCGCUGAAGCGGGACUUCCUGUACCCCACCGUGGCCCCGGGGCAGGUGUACGACGCCGAUGAGCAGUGUCGUUUUCAGUAUGGCGCCUCCUCCAGACAGUGCAAAUACGGGGAAGUGUGUAGAGAGCUCUGGUGCCUUAGCAAAAGUAACCGCUGUGUCACUAACAGUAUUCCAGCCGCAGAGGGAACGCUGUGUCAAACCGGCAGCAUUGAGAAAGGGUGGUGUUAUCAGGGCGAGUGUGUGGUGUUUGGGACGUGGCCACUCAGUGUGGAUGGAGGCUGGGGGCCAUGGACACAGUGGGGCGAAUGCAGCCGGACAUGCGGUGGUGGAGUUUCUUCGUCCAUGCGUCACUGUGACAGUCCAGCGCCGUCUGGAGGAGGGAAGUACUGUCUUGGGGAGAGGAAGCGCUACAGAUCCUGCAGCACCGAUCCGUGUCCAGUCGGCUCACAGGACUUCCGGGAGAAGCAAUGUUCUGACUUCGACAGCAUGUCGUUCAGAGGGAAAUAUUACACCUGGAAGCCGUACACAGGAGGUGGUGUGAAACCCUGUGCACUUAACUGCCUGGCUGAGGGCUAUAACUUCUACACAGAACGUUCUCCUGCAGUCAUCGAUGGAACUCGCUGCCACGCCGAUUCUCUGGACAUUUGCAUAAACGGAGAGUGUAAGCAUGUCGGCUGUGACAACAUCCUGGGCUCGGAUGCCAGAGAAGACAUAUGCCGUGUGUGUGGAGGAGACGGCAGCACGUGUGAGACCAUUAAAGGGCUGUUCAAUGACUCCCUACCCAGAGGAGGAUAUAUGGAAGUUGUCCAGAUUCCUAAAGGUUCUGUCCACAUCGGGGUCCAGGAGGUGGCCAUGUCCAAGAACUACAUCGCUCUAAAGUCAGAGGGAAACGAUUAUUACAUCAACGGCGCAUGGACCAUCGACUGGCCUCGCAAAUUUGACAUCGCAGGAACCGCGUUUCACUACAAGAGACCGACGGAUGAGGUGGAGUCUCUGGAGGCCCUCGGGGCCACCACGGAGAACCUGAUCAUUAUGGUGCUGCUGCAGGAACAGAACCCAGGAAUCAGUUACAAGUUUAAUGUCCCGAUCCAGCGCACAGGCAGUGGGGACAACGAGGUGGGCUUCAGCUGGAACCACCUGCCAUGGUCAGAGUGCUCAGCCACCUGUGCAGGAGGUUCACAGAAACAGGAGGUGGUUUGCAGAAGGAUGGACGACAACUCGGUGGUACAGAAUAGCUACUGUGAUCCUGAUGGAAAACCGCCGGAGAACCAGAGGCCCUGUAACACAGAACCCUGUCCACCUGAGUGGUUUAUUGGCGACUGGUCUGACUGCAGUAAGUUGUGUGAUGGAGGCACGAGGACACGGAUGGUGCUCUGCGUCCAAAAACUCGGCCCUGCAGAUGAAGAGAACCUGGAGGACCUUCACUGCCUCACGCAUCGACCAAUCGAGCGUGAGAGCUGCAACAACCAAUCAUGUCCUCCACAGUGGGUUCCUCUUGAUUGGUCUGAGUGCACUCCAAAGUGUGGGCAUGGCUUUAAACACCGCAUCGUGUUGUGUAAGAGCAGUGAUCUGACUAAAACAUUCCCAGCAGCGCUGUGUUCAGAGCUCAUCAAACCUCCGGUGAGGAUACGCUGCAGUCUGGGUCGCUGCCCUCCUCCACGCUGGAUCCCUGGAGAGUGGGGACAGUGUUCAGCACAGUGUGGUUUGGGACAGCAGAUGCGGAUGGUACAGUGUUUGUCCUACACUGGACAGCCUUCUAACGACUGCCCAGAGACGCUGCGUCCCAACAAGAUCCAGCCAUGUGAGAGUAAAUGUGAUGCCACGCCCAUCACCAAUGCUGAUGAGUGUAAAGACGUUAAUAAAGUGGCGUACUGCCCACUGGUGCUGAAGUUCAAAUUCUGCAGCCGUGCCUACUUUAGACAGAUGUGCUGCAAAACCUGCCAAGGACACUGAUGAUCCUGCAGAGAGACGAGAGAGACAAAGACCAACCACUUGGGCUGGGGGACAAUGCUGCUUCCUCUCUCUCUCUCUCUCUCUCUCUCUCUCUCUCUCACACACACACACACACACACACACACACACACACACACACACACACACACACACACACACACACACCUGCUUUGUCAGCCCUGUGGAACCCAAACCACUGAUCAGCAACAUGCUGACGCUUUUUAUUUAUAUUUUCACUUCUGUGAAGUGGGAACUUAUUAAUAUUGUCAUAACUGUUAUUUUAUUAUAAUAAUAAUAAUUAUUAUUAUUAUUGGUGUUAUUAUUAAUGUCAUUGAUGUUAUUGCUCUGUCUGAAUCCAAAGUGCUGGACACCUCAUAUACAGACCCUAACAAGUUACUCCGCUUUAUUUCUGGCUCUUUUGUGGCAGUGAAUUUUCCUGAUCAUCUGUUUAAGACUUAAAGUGAAACACAAGUGGACAAAAUAAAAGAAACAACUGUAACGUGACUUAAAGUGUCAUCUGAUAAAAGGGCGGAGCUUGUGGGCGGUGCUGGUGUCUCAGUGCUAACACUAACCUUAUCCUGCUAGUGUGCUGUCUGUGAACAAUGUUAGCUUGUAGGCUAUUUAAGCAUGUUAGCUCCUGCUAAUCAGUUUAGUGGUUUAUUAAACCUCCAGAAGUUCUGGGGUUAAAGUUCAUCAUGAUGAUCUCAGACACAAGUGGAUCAGGACUCGUCUUUCAUGUUAGUAAAGAGUUUUAGGGAUGUAAAGUCCUGACACAGAGGUUCUUCUGUACGAAUCUGAUCAUCAUGAACCUGAACUAAUUGAUUCGUCUCCUGUUCACGUGGCGUUUCUCUUAUUUUGUCCACGUCCUGUAGUUCAGCUGGACCUCCAUGGUUCCUCUGCAGACAGACGUUACAGAUUACCCGACACCUGACUACACAUGGCCCUGCUCAUGCUAAUGAUGUUCCUCACGCUCAGCUUGGUUUAAACAUGUGUUUGGAUACGGCCUCCUCACUCCUCCACACACCUCCUCACUCCUCCUCACUCCUCCACACACUUUUCCUACACCUCCACACGCCUCCACAAGCUUCUUCCACACCUCCUUUCUGUUUUUUUUUUAAAGAGUGUUCUCAUGACAUUGACAUAGCAGGAAAACUACAGAAGCCGUCAGAGCGCCACCCGCUGCCUGGUGGAGAGGACGGAGGAUAAAGUUUGGCUGGAGGAGAUCUGCUGCUGUGUGUGUCCUUCACCACAGUGUUUAGGAAGAACAUGCCAAGCUCCAACAUCCACUCAGAAUGGGACUACCUCCUCCAUCCCUCACUACAUCUCUCACUACAUCUCUCACUACAUCCCUCCUUCCCUCAUUGUAAACACUCUUCACAGAACCCUCCUUGCUCUCUGGUGCUUUGUUCCUUCAUCGCUUCUUCAACCUUCUCAUGAGGAAGCCUUGAUCCUUUCACUCCUUUGGUGCUAACAGGAGCUUUGUGACUCACCAAACUGUAAAACAAUUCUGGGUGUUUUUUUUCAUACAGUCGAUGUUUGUAUGUUUUACCUCACACUAUAUUGCUGAUCGUGUUGUUUAAGCCCCGCCCAUUCCACGUGCUCUCAGAACGUACGUUUUUUAUCAAACCGUGCUAACUUUUUUGCUGCUGCUACUCUGUUGUAGCCACUGAUACAACAUCAGAACAGUUUUAACUCGAGUGAACAGCCGGAAAACUAAAUCCUGAGGCUUGAAUUAAAUCUUUACUGGCUUGAAUCAUGGAGGCCCCGAAAUCCCAGGACAAACACGAACAUGGUCUCAGUCAUCGCUGUGAACGUUGUGUCUCUGAAUGUCACAUCACUUACCUUGUAAUUAUAGAAGUGAGCGUUUGUUCUUUAUUUUAUUUUCAUUUCCAAUGACAAAUUGCUUGUAUUUUAUAUUCAGUGUUAAAUGUUGGUACACUGUUGCUAAUUUUGUUAUUGUAAAUUAUAUGCUAAUUUAU